CCGCUUUACCAGGAGCUUCAACAGCUACUCUAGAGGAGCCUCUUAUUACUAGAGACUACUACCAGACAAAUCUAGAGAGACAGACGACUGACUGGGGAAAAACACUUAAGGAUUCUCCCGAAGACAGACUACCUACUUUUCAGAAAAUCUAACUGGGACCAGGAUUCCUCUUGAAUACGCACAAGAAAAAUAUAUCCAUCAUGCUGAUGCUUACUGUUCUCGUUAUCUUCAUUGGAAGUUUCAACUUGGUCUUCUCGUCCUCCUCCUCUUGCCCCUCCGUGUGUGAGUGUCCGCUGGAGAUGCCCAAGUGCGCACCCGGUGUGAGCGUCGUCCUGGACGGCUGCGGCUGCUGCAAAGUCUGCGCCAGGCAGCUCAACGAGGACUGCAGCCUGACUGAGCCUUGUGACCACACGAAAGGGCUGGAGUGUAAUUUUGGGGCCAGCUUCGCUGCUACUACCCGUGGCAUCUGCCGAGCCAAGUCGGAAGGCAGACCCUGCGAGUACAACAGCAGGAUCUACCAGAAUGGAGAGAGCUUCCAACCCAACUGUAAACACCAGUGCACGUGCAUCGAUGGGGCGGUGGGAUGUGUCCCGCUGUGCCCACAGGAGCUCUCCCUACCCAAUCUGGGCUGCGCCAACCCCAGACUGGUCAAGGUAGCAGGCCAGUGCUGCGAAGAGUGGGUGUGCGAUGAUGGCAAGGAGACAGACAUCCUGGAGAAGCUCUUUGGCAAAGACACAGUCACAGACGAGUCAGAAAGAGACCUCACCAACAGGAACGAGCUCAUCGCCAUUGUCAAGGGCGGGCUCAAGUCUCUACCUGCAUUCAGAGUGCAGCCUGAGGGCCACAUGUUUGACAACCAGAAGUGCAUUGUCCAAACCACGCCCUGGUCCCAGUGCUCCAAGACUUGUGGAACAGGCAUCUCGACCAGAGUCACCAACAACAACAGCGAGUGCAAGCUGGUCAGAGAGACGAGAAUCUGUGAAGUGCGGCCAUGCACCCAGUCACCUUACUCCAGUCUGAAGAAAGGAAAGAAGUGCAGCAGAACCAAGAGGUCCAGCCAGCCAAUCAAGUUCACCUACGCCGGCUGCUCCAGCCUGAAGAAGUACAGGCCCAAGUACUGCGGGGCCUGUGUGGAUGGGCGCUGCUGCACCCCCCAUGACACCAGAACCAUCCGCGUCAAGUUCCGCUGCGAGGAUGGCGAGACCUUCAACAAGAACGUCAUGAUGAUCAAGUCCUGCAAGUGCACCUACAACUGUCCCCAUGCCAACGAAGCCUCUUACCCCUUCUACCGCCUCUCCAAUGACAUCCACAAGUUCAGAGACUGAGUCUGAUUGGCUAAGAAUGACCCAGCCCCUAAGUGAGAGAGAGAGAAUAAGAAAUAAGCAACAUUGGCAGCCAGUGGCAGUCCAUCUGAAUGCAGGGGUGUAAAGUGACCGCCGAUCAACUACCAACUCCUUGUUGUAACAAGAUUCCCAAGGAAUUGUGGGCUUACAUCAUGAGGACUUAAUGAAGUGCACUGUUUGCUGUGACUACAUCAGCAUUCUUAACUACGAAUCGCUUCAUAUUAAUGGAGCAUCCUAGGUAGCUUCGUUAUGGAGCAACAUGUAAUUAAUAUUUGUAAAUGUAUGUUAGUCGUUGAUAUCAAUUCGCUGUGUAUAUUUUGAUCGUUAACAUCAGACAUGACCCAAACUGUAGACUUGUGUGUGUAUAUGUAGGUAUACACAUGCGCAACUUUAAGUAGUAUACCACCCUGUAUCCUAAGAACAAGACACCAAAUGUAACCUCUCAACUUGUUUAACAAGUGUGUGGUUUCAUUCCUUCCUGACGUGGGCAUUAGUGUUCAUGUUUUGUGGCAGCUAUUGAAAUCCCUUUAUCAAAAAGACAAAGCGAAACAUGUCAAAGAAUGAAUGAAUGUUUUUAUUAUUAUUAAUAUUAUUUAUCAAGAAAUGUAGCUACUUUAUUUGGAUAUUAUGUGUUAUACUGGAAUAAACUGUAAAAUGAUUUAAUUUUAUAUGUUACAAAUAAAACUGAUUUAUU